UGAAUCGGACUACCAUCUAAAUAUUCAAGUCGCGUGGAUGCACUUCGAGCAAUCAGCUAUUCUUACCGUUCACAACCAUGUGAUAACGCGUAAUCCGAGAAUUAGUGUCACCCAUGAUAAGCACGACAAACACCGUACCUGGUUCCUGCAUAUCAACCAUGUCCAGGAAGAGGAUAGAGGAAGAUACAUGUGCCAGAUAAAUACGGUUACUGCCAAGACCCAAUACGGAUUUGUCAAAGUUGUUGUUCCACCCAAUAUAGACGAUGCCCUUACUUCUAGUGAUAUCAUCGUGCGCGAAGGCGACAAUGUGACGCUACGUUGCAAGGCGAAAGGCAGUCCCGAACCGACCAUUAAAUGGAAACGAGAUGACGGUGACAAAAUAGCUCUUAACAAGACGCUCGAAGUACAUGACCUGGAGACGGAAUCCUUAGAAUUGGAAAGGAUUUCUCGCCUGCAUAUGGGUGCCUACUUAUGCAUCGCCUCAAACGGAGUACCCCCAAGCGUGUCUAAGCGUGUCAAAGUUAGCGUAGACUUUACACCAAUGGUCUGGAUCCCGCAUCAGCUUGUAGGCAUACCAAUGGGCUUUAACAUCACCCUCGAGUGCUUCAUCGAGGCGAACCCAACCUCACUAAACUAUUGGUCUCGCGAUAACGAUCAAAUGAUCACUGAGUCUUCUAAGUACAAAACCGAAACGAUUCCAGGACAUCCAACGUAUAAGGCGACCAUGCGGUUAACAAUUGCUGAUGUUCAAAGCAGCGAUUACGGCAACUAUAAGUGCGUCGCCAAAAAUCCUCGGGGAGACAUGGACGGCACCAUAAAGCUCUACAUCACUCGCGCUAAAUUUUACGGAUUGGACACUUAUAGAAAAUAGUUCACCUCUGGUCACCUAUGCUGCCAAAAUGGAAAAGACCAACUCUGAUACCACAAUUCGGGUGGAGUAUGAGGUGAAAAACUAGACUAAGCAGGCUGGAGAGCAACGAUCAUAAUAAAAUUAAUACAAUACUAGAUACUUAAAAUACUGAAUUGUAUAAAAUAUUAUGUUAAUAAAAUUCUAAAUACCCUUGUACUAUAUGAAGAAGAUUGGAAGAAAUAUAGUUGGCCGUACUUAGUCACUCGCGCUAAAUUUUACGGAUUGGACACUUAUAGAAAAUAGUUCACCUCUGGUCACCUAUGCUGCCAAAAUGGAAAAGACCAACUCUGAUACCACAAUUCGGGUGGAGUAUGAGGUGAAAAACUAGACUAAGCAGGCUGGAGAGCAACGAUCAUAAUAAAAUUAAUACAAUACUAGAUACUUAAAAUACUGAAUUGUAUAAAAUAUUAUGUUAAUAAAAUUCUAAAUACCCUUGUACUAUAUGAAGAAGAUUGGAAGAAAUAUAGUUGGCCGUACUUAGUCACUCGCGCUAAAUUUUACGGAUUGGACACUUAUAGAAAAUAGUUCACCUCUGGUCACCUAUGCUGCCAAAAUGGAAAAGACCAACUUUGAUACCACAAUUCGGGUGGAGUAUGAGGUGAAAAACUAGACUAAGCAGGCUGGAGAGCAACGAUCAUAAUAAAAUUAAUACAAUACUAGAUACUUAAAAUACUGAAUUGUAUAAAAUAUUAUGUUAAUAAAAUUCUAAAUACCCUUGUACUAUAUGAAGAAGAUUGGAAGAAAUAUAGUUGGCCGUACUUAGUCACUCGCGCUAAAUUUUACGGAUUGGACACUUAUAGAAAAUAGUUCACCUCUGGUCACCUAUGCUGCCAAAAUGGAAAAGACCAACUCUGAUACCACAAUUCGGGUGGAGUAUGAGGUGAAAAACUAGACUAAGCAGGCUGGAGAGCAACGAUCAUAAUAAAAUUAAUACAAUACUAGAUACUUAAAAUACUGAAUUGUAUAAAAUAUUAUGUUAAUAAAAUUCUAAAUACCCUUGUACUAUAUGAAGAAGAUUGGAAGAAAUAUAGUUGGCCGUACUUAGUCACUCGCGCUAAAUUUUACGGAUUGGACACUUAUAGAAAAUAGUUCACCUCUGGUCACCUAUGCUGCCAAAAUGGAAAAGACCAACUCUGAUACCACAAUUCGGGUGGAGUAUGAGGUGAAAAACUAGACUAAGCAGGCUGGAGAGCAACGAUCAUAAUAAAAUUAAUACAAUACUAGAUACUUAAAAUACUGAAUUGUAUAAAAUUGUAUUAUGUUAAUAAAAUUCUAAAUACCCUUGUACUAUAUGAAGAAGAUUGGAAGAAAUAUAGUUGGCCGUACUUAGUCACUCGCGCUAAAUUUUACGGAUUGGACACUUAUAGAAAAUAGUUCACCUCUGGUCACCUAUGCUGCCAAAAUGGAAAAGACCAACUCUGAUACCACAAUUCGGGUGGAGUAUGAGGUGAAAAACUAGACUAAGCAGGCUGGAGAGCAACGAUCAUAAUAAAAUUAAUACAAUACUAGAUACUUAAAAUACUGAAUUGUAUAAAAUUGUAUUAUGUUAAUAAAAUUCUAAAUACCCUUGUACUAUAUGAAGAAGAUUGGAAGAAAUAUAGUUGCUUUCUGACUAUAUUUCCAUAUUUUCCGCUGACGCCAAACGUAAAACAUGCUGUACUUAGUCACUCGCGCUAAAUUUUACGGAUUGGACACUUAUAGAAAAUAGUUCACCUCUGGUCACCUAUGCUGCCAAAAUGGAAAAGACCAACUCUGAUACCACAAUUCGGGUGGAGUAUGAGGUGAAAAACUAGACUAAGCAGGCUGGAGAGCAACGAUCAUAAUAAAAUUACUACAAUACUAGAUACUUAAAAUACUGAAUUGUAUAAAAUAUAAUGUUAAUAAAAUUCUAAAUACCCUUGUACUAUAUGAAGAAGAUUGGAAGAAAUAUAGUUGUGAGCUCGCCAAAAUGCAUAAUUACUAUUUCUCCCUGAGAAAAUAAUCUUAAAACGAAGAAGAACAAGUGUAUCGACAGGAAGCCCAGCUUUCUGACUAUAUUUCCAUAUUUUCCGCUGACGCCAAACGUAAAACAUGCUGUACUUAGUCACUCGCGCUAAAUUUUACGGAUUGGACACUUAUAGAAAAUAGUUCACCUCUGGUCACCUAUGCUGCCAAAAUGGAAAAGACCAACUCUGAUACCACAAUUCGGGUGGAGUAUGAGGUGAAAAACUAGACUAAGCAGGCUGGAGAGCAACGAUCAUAAUAAAAUUACUACAAUACUAGAUACUUAAAAUACUGAAUUGUAUAAAAUAUAAUGUUAAUAAAAUUCUAAAUACCCUUGUA